AUGCCUCCGCCCUCGGGGCCUCCCGGGCCGAAGGCGGCGGGCAGGUCGGCGGGCAGGGCGAGGGCUCGCCCCGCGGCGGCGCACGAGGAGCAGGGCGCGGACGGCGGGGACGGGCUGGCCGCGAAGUACAACCUCGCGUGGAGUGCCGUGGGCGCCGGGCAGCGCCGCGCGCCGAGGGUGCCCGCAGAGGUGCUAUCAGAGCCGACGCUGUGCGUGCGGCUCAGUGACGCUCAGGUCCACGUGCACAAGUCCAUCUUGCGCCGCGUGCCCGCCCUUCAGGCUCUCGUGGAUGGCCCCAGGCCAGAGGCCGUCGCGGACGAGAGCCUCCCCUGCUCCGCGGCCGAGUUCGAGCUGCUGGCGCACCGCCUCUACGCGGGCGAGCCCUCUGGCGGCGCGGCCGCCCCGAUGCCCUGCAGCGACGCCCUGCAGCUGGCAGCGGCCGCGGGCGCGCUCGGGGUGCACGACCAGGUGCCCGAGCUGCGCGAGCUGCUGAGCUGCGCGUGCCAGGAGAGCUGCCUGUCCGCAGGGCCAGCGGAGGCGGAGCUCGUGAGCCGGAGCGGGCGCAGCCGCGGCCCCGCGGGAGCCGCCGCCGCGGCCCGCCGCGGCUCGCAAGCGGCCCGCGGCCGCGGCACCCGCCGGCGAGGAGGGCUUGGAGGUAAAGGCUUCGGCAAAGGCAAAGGCAAGAGUUUCAAUGAUACAUCUCGGUUCGACUGGCAUGGCUCAACCCCAGGAGGUCAGCUGCAGCCCGCUGGGAUGGGAGGGGGUGCCCCGCCGCUCCCCGCUGGACCCGUUCCUGCUCUGUCCGUCGAUGAAGCUAAGCAGAUGGCCCCCCUGUCGUACAAGGCGGGGGAUGCUACGAGGGGUAAGUACUAUGCCGACGUGGCGGCCAGCCUGGAGGCCGCCAGCAAGCCCGCGGAGAUCAACGUACACCAGCAGGUUCAACAGCAGCAUGCCGCAGUUCGUCGCCUGGAGAAGCAGCUCGAGAGCCAGCUCACUCGUUUGCUCAAGUGGAAGCAGGAGACUGCAGAGCUGGAGGAGCAGGUGCGCCAGUCGCGGGACCAACUCGGCAAGGCUGAUGAGGAGUACAAAGCGGCUGUGGAACGGCUUCGCGACAGCAGCGGCGCAGGUGCGACGGGCGCUGUCGCGGCUUCGGGACCGUGCAGCACCCCAGCCAUCCCGCUGCGGGACAUCAUGGAGGGCAAGUUCGAUCUCACGAGCAUCCUCAAGUUUGACAUCAUGGAGGAGUUCGAGAGCAGCGAGUACGAUGUCACCGAUGGUGAUCGCAAGGAGUAUCAGACUCGGCUGGAGAAGUUGCAGACAGGCGUGCAGGACUUGUCCAAGUCAUUGUUCGAGCAGCUCACCUCUACGGCUGCGGAGGAGACGAUGGCGAGGGACUUCCUGAUCAGGACGCUGACGGUGCAGGUCGCGGUGCCGCUGCAGGUGGGGGCGAAGCUGCUGCGCCUUCUGAGCCAGGCGCCGCGUCUCAGCCUGCUGCGAGGCCUGCCGCCGCUGCCGCAGCCACUGACAUCCGAGCUCGGACCACAGAGUUGCGGGCUCGACGAAGGCCUGCUGGUGUCCACCGUGAACGCCAACUGCUGGGGCACUUUGAAGAACUACCUUACGAGCAGUGUAUCGCAUAUCGUUAUCGCGCAGGAGCAUCGCCUACGAGGUGACGACGAUAUUGCAACGGCCUCGAAAGGGGCCAAGUUUUUGGGUUGGAAGUCGCUCUGGGCUCCAGGUAUUGUUGGCGAGGGCGGUGGCACCCCCCCUGGGGUCGGCGUCUUUGUGCGUGACGCGCUUGGCAUGUUCGAGCACCAGGACAAGAUCGUGCUGGCCGAGGGCCGCGCGAUAGCAGCCAUGGUGCACGUGCCAGGGUGCGCCACCUUCUGCGUCUUCUCCCUCUACCUCCGCCACAGCGAAGGUGCUAGAGCUCUGCACUCGGUGAUCACGCCGACGCUCAAGUGCAAGCUGGCUAUGGAUAAGGUUGGCAUGGUCUCCAGCAGUAAACACAUUUCGGCUGCGCUCUCGGCUGAGCUCGGGGACUUAGUCGGCGAUCCAGCUUGCACUCGGAUGACCAACUUAGCGGCCCCCAGCGACGCCGUGCCCUCGGACGCCGGAGCCCCGGCCGCUGGCGGGCAGCCGCCCGCCGCCGGCGCCGAGGACUCGGCCAUGCAGGUGCUGGGCGUCCAGCUGGGCGACCCAAUGCGCGAUUUGGCGGCCAUCGACGAGGUGAACUUCCAUUCGGCGGUGAACGGAUGCGCCGUCAACGUCGACGCUAACACGACCGUCACAGCCUCGGUCGCCAACAAUGGCCGACUUCGCAACGCCUGGCGCGUCGCUGCGGUUAUCAGCGGCGCGCGCGUCGGCAUCGCCCAGCAGCCUCAGCUGCGGGCCCGCGAGAAGCUCGAAUUCAGCGGCGUCCUCUCGAGCGCCGACGGCGUGUUCCAGUCCAUGGAGCUGCUUGGGCCGCCGACGCUCGAGGACUGGGUGGCCGCGUACAGCGUCGCAUGCCUCACCGUGCUCGAAACUGUCUCGCCCGCGCGUCCAGCGAUGCCGGCGGCUCAUCGUCGGCAGCGCCGCGCGCUGCUCGUCCGCGGUCUGGCCCAUUGCGUGCCCGGAUGCGCCGCGAGCGCUUGCGGGCUCUCAGACGGGCCGCGCCGCCCUCCAGCCGGCGCGCUCGGUCGCGAUGGCAUCGCGCUGAUCGGGCCGCGCUGCAGAGUGGGGCCUCGCAGGAAUCCUUGGCCCGCGGGCUCGAUCAUGACGGCGUCGCGUUGGUCGGGCCGUUCGGCCAGCGUCUUGCCCGCCGUCGCGGGCGGGCUGUCGGGCGCGCUCCCGGGGCAGAGCCGCCUGCGGGUGAACGGGAAGACGUUUCCCGCGUCUCGGUCUUCAGGGGGCCGCGGACGCGCUGCGGUGCCCAAUUACUCCAGCGCGGCGAAGGGCGCGCGCGCGGGCCAGGGCUUCGAGCGGAGCGACUGCCUCGAUCGCGGGGCCCGCCGCGCACCCAGGUCUGGGAUGCGCGGCAUAGGAGGUCCGCAGCAAGAUGCCGAGAUCGAUUUCGACGACUCGUUCGAGCUCCAGCUCGGCAGCGAUGCGCUGGCACGCGGCAGCCCAGUCAGGCCGGGCCGUCUCUGUGAGUUCGCCUGCUUCUUCAUUCCCCGCGAGGUCGAAGCACCCCUUUGCCUCGCGCGCUCGGUCGCGCUGGACAGUGUGGCGAUGGAGGUGAUCGUGGCGCUGCCAGUAUCUGCCAGUGGGGCCGGCGUCGCGGCGGAGAAGCGGCGCGUCGUCGCCGCUGUCGAGGCCAUCGCGACGCGGCUGGGCCAACCGCUGAAGGACGAUGGGGCCGCAACCGGCAUGGCAGACAUUCGUUCCGCAUCUCGGGCUCGCGCAGGCUCGCCGCCGCGAGCAUCGGCCUGCCCCUCGUCGGGCCCCUUGCCCGGCGGGGGAGUGAUGUCACGGAGCGCGGAGCGAGGCGCCGCGCCAGAGACCCGAAUCGCAGCGAUGGAGGCCAGGGCCGACGACUGCCGCCAGCGGGCGGCGGAGCUGCUACGCAGCUCGAGCGCGCGCGCCCCGCUCGAGGCCGCCGCGCAGCGGCCCGCGUGCGUCCCCAGCAGGGCGGCGGGCCGCCUCCACCGCGGAGGCGGCCGGGGGCAGACUCGUCGCUUCGGGGCGGGGCAGCGCGCGCCCCGUGCGGCGGGAGCUCCGCCGCCGGGCGCGCUGCUGCGAGAGCGGCCCGCGGCGGCAAGCGCCACCGACGGGGCAGCAGCUGUCGAUGGUGUGGCGGCUGCAGCGGACGAGAGAUUGGAGGGCGAGCCAGAGGAUGCCGUGGUGUUCAAGGUGCUGAAAGCGUUGAACCUGGGCUUGGCUGUGAAGGUCGGCUCCGAGUACAGCUACGGGGAUCUGCGCGGCCGCUGCAGGGGCACCGGGUCGAAGAUCGCCAGGCUGGUGGCGUUCACGAGCCCAGUGCAGUCACGAUUCCCGACCUUCCUGCUCGACCUCCGCACUUCCCUCUGCCCCGCCUCUCGCCUCGGCUCCACGGCGCGCCGGCGCGGGCAGUUCGCGCGGGUCAACCCCGCCGAGACCGUCGGGGAGCUGAAGGCCCGCCUCGAGGAGCACCCCGAGGACGGCACGCCGCGGCAGGACGACCAGAGGCUCGUGGCAAACGGCGCCGUCAUGGACGAGGCCCGCUCGCUGGGCUCCUUCCGGCUGUGCGGCUGGAGCCGGCAGAAGGACGACGUCGCCGAGGUGCGGGCCGUUCACCACCUGAAGGCGUGCGCCAAGGCUGGUGGUGGUGCGCCGAAGGGGAGGAUCGCGUGGGAAUCUCAUGAUCCCCGGUGUCAACACCGACACGCCGUGGAGGCCGCACGCGGCGCCGAAGACGAACGCCGGGGACGAGCACUUCCGCCCGUGAGCGCUGGGUCGGCCCGUCCCUGGCGCCCGGGGUGCUGCGCCCUGCUGGAACGUGUUUCUUUAUUCCCUGGAUACCAGAAUGCAUUCGAGUCUGUUCUCCAGUGCUGGUCAGCAACAUCCCACUUGCGUCGCAGCCGGCUGUCAAAGACAUCGCGCUGCUGA